ACCAGUAGCUAUGCAAUGAUAGUAGUAAAAUCGAUGUAAAUUAGGAAGUAUAAAUGUACUUAAUAUCUUUUUAGCGGAAUACUAUCGAAUGUGAUAAUAAACUAUUUUUUGUGUAAUUUAAAAGUGCUAAUUACGAGCCCAACUGGGUGUCCAUUACAUGUGUAGAAACGUAGCUUUGGUACUUUCGAAUUGUGAUGUCAGCUAAGAAAAACAAACUCGCUACCAAACUAUCAAAGGACGUUCCUGGAUGUUUUCUUCAAAAGAAAUUUGGUUCUUGCGAGUUUCUUUGAGUUGUGGACUUUGUUCGUUGAUUUAAUGAAAACUUCACUGUAUAUAAAUACACACGUAUGCGUGGACUGCAUUGCUUGACAAAAAGUAGUUGAUGGGGAAUGAAAAAAGUGCCCUUAGUGGGCUCGAAGUCGAUGAGAAGGCCAUAGAAAUUACCGAUUUUUGGUUACAUCACAAUGCCGUCAUUCAAGGAUCGAAUCCUCAAAAUCUGUCGGUAUUUAUCAGCGAGCCGUCGUUACAUUCCUGGGCAAACUUUGGAAGACCUUCACCUUUAGAGAGAAAUGCAAAGAAUUUGAUGUUAUAUCGUCAUCCUUGUAUACUGAAAUAUGUAUCCUCCUGGCACAGGGGAAGCAAAUUCUUUCUUGCUACCGAAGAGGUCAGACCACUAGUGCAAGUUAUCAGUUCAUUAACAACUCUUCAGAUUUGCAUUGGUUUGCAUAGUAUUCUUCGUGCCUUAAUUUUCCUUCAUAAAAAUGUACGAGCCUCGCACAAUAAUGUAUGUAGCAGUUCCAUAUAUGUAACAUCUGAAGGUUUCUGGAAAUUAGGUGGAUUAGAGCAUUUAUGCAAAUGCUCUGAAGUUAUUACGGCACAUAUUAAAAAAACAAAGAAUUAUAGAUAUGAAAAGGCCAUACCACCUGAAGAGAAAGAAAUGAAAUCUGACAUUCCUUUAGAUCCUUAUGCAAUUGAUCAAUUUGCAUUUGGUGUAUUGGCAGAAGAAGUUUUGGCCUCAAAGAAUUCAGAUGAUGUUCCAGCAUUGGCAGAGUUUAGUGACUUAUGUAAGCGGCAUUUGCAAAAUGUCGAACCAUUGCUGAGACCUAAACUACCAAGCUUACUUUCUCAUCCAUUUUUUACUCAUGAUUUUAUUAAAAUCCAUGCAUUUUUGAUGGAAUUACCACUGAAAAGUGAAGACGAUAAACAAGAAUUUUUCCUGAACUUGGUCAAGCAAUUAAGAAUGUUUCCUGAAAAGAUAGUAGCCGAGCAGUUAGGUAAACUAUUGUUAUCAAGAAUGGUUUUGUUGGAUUUUACCGCUCAGGCUAGAUUAUUGCCGGUUGUUUUAAGGCCCAAAGAGGAGAACAGUGACACAGAAUGUGGUCUAUUUACUGUUUCAACAUUCAAGAGUUAUCUAGUGCCAAAGAUUUUACAAAUGUUUUGUGUUCGAGACGUGUCUAUAAGACUAUUAUUGCUUUCACACUUCAAUUCUUUUAUGCAUGUGUUCCAAACGGAUGAACUGAAAAGUCAGCUGUUGCCAGAAUUACUCGUUGGAAUUAAAGACAACAAUGAUACUCUUGUGAGUACAACAUUAAGAGCAUUAGCCGAUUUGGUAUCUAUAUUGGGUGCAGCUACAGUCAUUGGUGGGAACAGAGGAAAGCUAUUUACUGAUGGUCGUCCAAAUAAAGUUAACAAACAUGUGGAAACAAAGAGUGAUACUAAAGAUGGAGGAAAACUAAUAAGUACAUUAAAGGUUCCUAUAAGUGCAAAUAACGUAAUAUUCGAUUUGCCAGAAAGACUAUCACCAGAUGGUGGUGAAGAUAGGCUUGAAUCGAACUUUGCAUUUACUGAGGAUGAAACUACAUGGUCGGAUUGGGAGGCACAAGAGUCCACAAAUAAUGACCAUGAUCUUGUGAAAUCUGUUUUAGAAAAAGUUACCGAAUCAAUAGAAACGCCAGUUUCUGAAUCGCAUGUGUCGAAUGUGGAUUCUUCAAAUAGUAAAGAUGUAAAUGAUAAAUCUAAAUAUAAUAAGAAGGUGUUGAUGUCUGAUAUAUCAGAAUUAGACAUAAAGCAUUCAAAACAACCUCAUCAGAUUACAGAUGAGAUUGAUUUUUUUACUGACAUGGAACCAGUCAUACAAAAACCGCAAGUUUUAUGUAUAGAAGAAGCUGUAUCUAGUAAAAGUAUGUUUGACGUAAAUAUAAAUAGUACCAUAGAAGAGGAUCAGAAUAAUGGAUGGAACGAAGAUUUAAAUGAUUGGGGCAUGGAUGUCACGUCAGAAUCAAAAAAUUGACACAAUUACUAUUCCUUAAUUAAUUGUAUAUAAAAUAAAAUAAAUGAGGAUUUUGUUCCAGGGAUUAUUGUUAUAUCAAGGUAAAUUUUAAUUAAUCACAAAUUUACCUUGCAUUGUAUUCUGUUUCCGAAGUUAUGAAUAUGCUUUAAUAAGAUGGUAAAUAAAACAAUGAAAUUUCAUCGGUCCACAUAA